AUGAAACAUUGCUUUCUUUCUUCUAUCUCUCUCUCCCCCUGCAUUUAUAUACACAAUCAUUCUAUUCUCUCCCAUACAAUUUCUCCACAUCCUGCUAUGGCUCUCCUUCUCUUGCUACUUCUCACUGUUAUGCUCCCUUCAUCAAGCUUUGCUCAAUGGCCACCUUCUCCUGGCUACUGGCCAAGUUCUAGGUUCAGAUCAAUGAGCUUUUAUCAAGGCUAUAGAAACCUCUGGGGUUACACACAUCAAAGAGUAGACCAAGAUGCAUUAACUAUCUGGCUAGAUAGUACCUCAGGAAGUGGAUUCAAAUCUGUUAAACCAUUUCGAUCUGGGUACUUUGGUGCCUCCAUUAAGCUUCAACCCGGCUACACUGCAGGAGUUAUUACAGCUUUCUAUCUUUCAAACAAUGAAGCUCACCCAGGAUUCCAUGAUGAAGUAGACAUAGAAUUUCUUGGGACAACAUUUGGGAAGCCUUACACAUUGCAGACAAAUGUUUACAUAAGAGGAAGUGGAGAUGGAAGAAUCAUUGGGAGAGAGAUGAAGUUUCAUUUGUGGUUUGAUCCAACACAACGUUUUCACCAUUAUGCAAUUCUUUGGAGUCCGAAAGAGAUCAUAUUCCUUGUUGAUGAUGUGCCCAUAAGGAGGUACCCUAGAAAAAGUGCUGACACUUUUCCAUUGAGACCAAUGUGGGUUUAUGGUUCAAUUUGGGAUGCCUCUUCUUGGGCUACUGAAGAUGGAAAAUACAAAGCAGAUUACAGAUACCAACCAUUUGUUGCAAGGUACACCAAUUUCAAAGCAGGUGGUUGCUCAGCCUAUUCACCAGCUUGGUGCCGGCCAGUCUCCGCCUCUCCAUUUCGGUCCGGCGGACUUUCUAGGCAACAAUAUAGAGCCAUGAGAUGGGUUCAAAGUCACCAUAUGGUUUACAACUAUUGCAUGGACCCCAAAAGAGACCACUCCUUAACACCUGAGUGUUGGCGUUAAAAGUGAAAACUUUAAACACUAACUUGCCCAUGCAUAGAAAAAAAUCACCCAAAAAAAGAAAAACAAGUUUUCACUUGUCUCGUGAUUUCUUUUCUUUCUUUUCUUAUUAUAUAUUUAUUCUUUAAGUUUCCUCCUUUUUUUGUCUUCAUGUUCUUUUAUUUAUGAAGGUGUCUUGAGAUGGGUCCUUUAGCUACUUGCAAAAAUUAUUAUGCAAAAGGUAGUUGAACGUCCAAGGCACCCCAAGGAUUGAUGAAUGAAAACUGGGAGAAUUGUGUGAGAUUUUUCUUGUUAAUUUUUGCCAUGGUGCUCUUAUUAUACCUUAGCAGCUACAGAAACACAAGAACUAUGAGGGUGCAAUGAAGCAAAUGAGGCCACAAGGAUAUGGGACCAUGGGGAUUAUUCAGUGUCCAUCUAAGCUUCCACUAUCAUUGAAUCAUUUCAUUUCUUUCGUUUUUUAUUUUGUUUUAAGAACUGAAUCAUUUCAUUUCUAAAUAAAAGCAAAAGUUCUUUUGUUGUU